AUGGGGGCACCGCUGCUCCGUGCGAAUUGGGGCGUGCAGGUCAGCGUCAAGCCGAACGGCACCGAGGUCACGGCUGCCAUCGUGCCCGCGCACGAGCGCACCACCGAUCUCACAGAUGCUGGCGUGGUGGCUGGUCACCGCGCUGUUCAUGCCUUCAACGUGCUGCAGGAGCACGUGCAGGAGCACGUGCCGGAGCUCCGCGACGGUCGCGCGGGGCGCGCGCCCAGCUGGAUGCUCGCCUCCAACACGUGCUUCCUGCUGGGCUUCACCGUCUUCUGCUGGUACUUUGGGCAGAGCACGGCCAAGUUCAUGAGAAGCGCUGGCUCGAUCCACCCCGUGAUCUGGGUGUUGAUAUCCGGACUGGUCGUGCAGUACAUAGCUCAGGUUUUCCAUUGGCUGCACCUGUGGAAGUACAGCUACGACGGGAGCGGGAUCAAGGCCCUGGAGGUACUGUCCGAGAUAAUGUUCAUGUUGAGUCAGGUCUUGCAGACGUCGCUCCUGAUAUUGAUCGCCCUCGGCUACACCCUGCUGCAGUCCAGAAUGGGCGAGCUGGACCUCAUGAUACCUAUGUGCUUCAUGAUCGGCGUUAUCCACGUGAUGCUCGUGGGGUUUGGCAAAAUCAAGGACGACGCGUCUUACAAGUACCACGAGAACGAGGGCGCCGUGGGCUACAUACUCCUCGCCAUCAGGCUGGGGCUGUACCUUUGGUUCUUGUGGGCGGUCAACAGCUCGUCCAACGCUGGCGGGAUGAAACUGAGAUCAUUCCUGAUGCAGUUCCGCCUGGCGGGGACGAUUUAU